CUAUUCGAAGAAACGAAGCAACUAGAAUACGAGAAUACCUCGAGCCAAAACAGCCCGGAUGACGACGUUCAUUUCAUGCCUUUCAAAUUUCAAUUCCCGUCUCACAUGAAAUGCUCUAAACACCCUCAACCAUGCCAACUUCCUCCUUCAACAAGUGUAAGUGGGGGCAGUUCUAAGAUCAAGGUGGAAUACUACAUCACUGCCGCCGCGGACAGACCUAUAUUUGGCGGUCUAUCUACAAAAAAGAGGGUCACAAAGCCAUUGCAACUCAGCAGCAACUUUUCAUCCAACUCGCCAGCACCGUUGUCCAUCUCCAGCCUACCGUUAACUCUACAACAAAAAGAUGGCAAAAAGCGUCUGCAGGCCGGGCCUGAUGGCUUACCGGCAUACACGCCAUCUAUACACAUCCAAGUCGUGCAUCCUGAGCCACCAAUCUUUGUCCGAGGCCAAGCAAACCGCAUCCGAUUCAAUAUCCACAGCCCAUCCGAAGCGAUUGGGAAAGUUUUUGUUCGGAGCAUAAACAUCAACUUUAAGACGUCCACUAUCGCAGCAGCUGGGUCGGCUACGCAACGAGUCGAUCAAAAUGCAUCGGGAGUUGAGCUAUCCAGUCUUAUUCCAAUCGAUUCGGAAAUACUGGAGCUCGAUACGGGAACUUGGGGGCGCCUGUCUAUGCUCAGCCUCAGACCAACAUUCGAAUCAUGCCUAAUGCAGAUAAAGCAUGCAGCUGAAAUCAGUGUUGGUAUAUCGGUAGGGCCGCAGGGCAGCAUUUCACAUGCUUCAUCUUCGUUCGAUAUCCUGGUGAUGGAUCCGCCACCUUCAUACGAAGAGAUCUAG